GUUCAAUUAAGUAUCGUAAAGAAAAGUAUGAAUUUUAAAAAAUAUUUUAUAGUUUUCACAAUUUUAUUGCUUUGCUUGGCAGCUACGCAAGUCGUAGAAUCAAGAAGCUUACGUAAAAGACUAAAGAAGGGAGUGAAAAACCUCCGUAACACUUUGAAAAAGACUAAUAAUGCUUUGAAAGAUGCUGCCGGAAUAGCUGCAGGUGGGGCAGCUUUGGGGGCGGCGUUCGGAUAAUAUGAAUGGAAAAUGAAAAAAUUCAUAAGAUUCGUAAAAUAAUUAAUAAAAAAAAAAACCAA